AUGAAAAUACGCUCUUCCUUUAUUUGGAUCAAGGCAGCUACCUUAAUUAGUGUUCUACUAAUGAAUACGCAUAGAGCAGACAUAGAAUUAUAUGAAAUAGAAUCGACUCUGCAAUUUGAAGUUGCAACAAAUGAAUCAUCGGUGAAGAUCAAUCCUGACGGGCCUCUAAACUUUCUGCGUGGUCUCAUCUACCAGAAAAUGGAGUGCAUGCAUAACAAAAGGUUUUUUGCACCGCAGAUUGAUAUAGAGUACAAGUUAGAGGGAAAUUCGAAAACAACUAAUAACCAUAACAUGUAUAUAUACAGUCGAAACCAACAAAUGGACAAAGCAUACAAAGCACAGUCCACUAAUAAAAUGGAUAUGUACGCUGAGCAGUAUCACAGCCAUCUUAUUGAGCUGUUUCCAUCCCCAAUUGGAGAUAUAACAAUAGAGACACGAGAAAACCAGUCCUUUUUUCAGUUCCUUCAGGCUAAGACAACAGAGAAGCAUGCCUUGCAGGUUCUUGCCAUGCUGCUCCUUUGUUCAGAGGGAGUGGAUAUUCCUAUUGACGUCAGCAGCACAGCACUGAGGGUAUAUGAAACAGACAAAAAAGACAAAGUAUACUUCGAAGUGCCCAUGGAAAUCCCAUGUUUAGAUCCUACCGUAGAUAAAGCAGAACCAAUCGGCCAAGAGAAAGUUAAACAAAUAAUCAGCUUCUUCAAGGAGAAUGCGACCAACUCUGAAGUAUUGAGUCUAAUGAUGGACAAGUGCUCAAAAGAAGAGGUUAUGUCCGGAAAGUUCCUGGACAGCCCUAAGUUCCUGAUCCAGUCGUACAUAUUCGGGUUCAUAAUUACUGCAGACCGUGCAAAAGAGCUUAUUAAGACUGUGCACACUAUGACAGAAAAAUAUGCACCAAAGACAGAAGCACCAAGCAAGGAUGUCUCUGUAUAUGACAGACUGUUUAGCCCUGCUAGUACUACAGUGGACACAGACUCUAUUACUCUUCUAAACAAAAUUCAAGAGGUUUUAAAUACAUAUCGAGUCUUUCCAUUCGCAGACAGCACCCAGCUUCCUGCAUUCACGUUUGUUCCUCGAUACACCAGAAGGACUAACACUUUCUCUACUGAUCGGUCGGAGGACUACAGCAACUCUAUAGAGUGCAUGAUUCUCUCUCUUUUCUGCUGCCUUACAUAUGAUCCAAGUUAUGGGUCCUAUUUUACCUACAAUAUAGAGAAUAUCUCUGAAAAUCUUGAAGAGUUCUUUUCAAUGGACAACCAGCCAUUUGACACAACAAAAGUUGAAUUUCAGAAGAAGUGGUGUAAAGUUGUUGCUGACCUAGAAGAGCCUAGCAUUGCAUACUGCAAGGAAAGAAACCAGCUAGAUGGAGGUCUUAUAAACAUGCUUAUGGUUAUUGCUGAAAUAGUGAACGCCCCUAAAGAAGAAAAGGACAAACUGCUUGAAUUUUCAAAAGAUUUAAACAGUGGGUCUGAAUUAUUAAGAUCUACAUUAAAUAAUGCAAAAGCGUACGCAAAGAAACUGCUUAAACGUCUAUCUAAUACAGAAUAUAUGGAAAUAGAGUUUUCUAAUGACGAUGUCUACCGGUAUAAUAACGGAAGAGUGGAUAUAUCUGGAAAGAUUACUAUCACAUUUGAGCAUGGCGUUGUUAAGAAUACGUUGGUCUUAGAACUAUCUAAAGACAUCUCUACUGUUAGUAUGAAGCCAGUUGUUAUAAACUCUACUGACGAUCGAAUGGAGAAAAUGAAUCAAAUAGCAGAAUUCUGCAAAAACAAGACUACAUUUGUUGAAAAUCUUUUUUCUGCAUAUGUUGACUCUGAAAUAAGAAAGAUUGAUACUCCUGAAAAUACUGAUGAGUUUAUUAAGGCACAGGUACACAAGACCAUAGAAAGCGACCUUGCAAGCGUGAAUAGAGUACUGCUGCUAACGAAAAAAAACAAUAAUCUUGAAUACAAGAAGAACUUGGUGACAUCGUUGGUUGUUUACAACAUGGGCCAAAAUCUAUCUCCAGAGCAUCCUGUUAUUCGUUUUGCUUCCAACAUAUUAGGAGACAUGAGACUAGAUAGCUUUAGCAAUCAGCUAGAAAUGUUCCCUGCAGUUGUUUUUUCUGGCGCGUAUGAUGGAAAUAACAAGAGUCUUAACUACCCAAAUCUAAAACUGGUGAAAAGAUCCCUUAUGAUUGCUACGGGUCGCAUAGUAUUCGCCUGGUUUGCUGCUUACGUACUAGAGUCUGAUAUAUCUGCCUUUAUAGUGUGGAUUAAAUACUGCAUAGACAACCAUAGACUGGGCAAGGUAAACACUAUUAGAGAUUUAUUCGGUGAACAAGUAGCUACAUCUAUUUGUAAAUAUAUACUUAAAGAUGGAGAUAUGAAGCGCGCAACUAAACUUGAUUUGGCCAUAGCAAAAGACUAUCCUGACUUGAGAGAUAAUAUACUAAAUGAUCUUCACAAUGAAUUGUUUGGUUAUCUAGUUUUAGAGGAAAAUCUAAAUAUGGAAUUGAUUAAGAUAAACUUUAGUCUAAUUAGAACCCCAACCCGAAGUGUAUCUCUUGUUAGAAAUGACACUGACAAAGAGAAGGCAGACAAAAAUCUUGAAGAGUUAGUGGCCCAUCUAUGCAAGGAUCAAGACUCCACUACUAAGUUUAGAAAACUUGUCAAAUAA